AUGGCACAAGGCAAAGAGAGUUGUCCCUUGUUUUCUUACACAAUCCUGUGUUCCCUAGCUCUUGCAUCAACUCUGAAAACUCUCAAUUCAAAGCAAGAGCUGCAGGGCAGUGGCUUUGGUCAACCCCCACCCCGCCAUGGUCUCAGGCUUCUGGUGUGGUUUGUCCAGAACUGCCUGGACAACAACAUGAGGGCUUUGUGUAAUCCCAUUGAAAGAACAUUUGGAUUUCAUGAGUUUAAGAAUCAUGGGACACAUCCUCUUCUACCAGUAAUUCAUGACACAAAGGAGUAUGGAUAUUACACCAUCGGGAACCUCAACUCUCCUCAUGCUGAGGACCUGCCUUACAACGUGAGGAAGGACUACAACCCCAGAGAUCCUGACAGUAACAAGGACAGAGUUCUUGUGAGAUACAACAAGAACAACAGAUGCAUUGAGGACAUAUAUGCAUCUGGACAUUAUUAUUCAAAAGAGACAUUCAAAAUAGGCCCAAAUCUUCUUGCUGCUCUUCGACAAAAAGACAAAUCUUGCUUUAAUGGAAAUUAG